AGCCACCAAACCAGUAGGCAACCAGGACAAAGUGGCUCACUCUUGCCUGUACUAGUUUUCUCUUCUUCUCCUUCUCCUCAUCCUUCUUCUUCUUCCUCCAAACAGACUGGAGUUCAUCAAGGAUAUCAUCCUGAAACUGGAGCCAACAGGCACACUAAGGAAGAAGAGCACGAAGACCGGCUCCCAGCAGAUACAAGGUAGGAGAACAGCGCUAGUUUACUGUCAUCAUAUCGCAGGGUCAACAUGGUGACAGUAAGAGAAGAGGCACGCAAGGGGCCAUGGACAGAGCAGGAGGACCUGCAACUGGUAUGCACUGUCCGUCUGUUCGGUGAACGUCGUUGGGAUUUCAUUGCCAAAGUAUCAGGUUUGAGGGGUGGGGAUCCAAAAAUUAGGACUCAAUCGGACAGGCAAGAGCUGUCGCCUGCGGUGGGUCAACUACCUGCACCCUGGCCUCAAGCGUGGGCGCAUGUCUCCCCAUGAAGAGCGCCUCAUCCUCGAGCUUCAUGCUCGGUGGGGAAACAGGUGGUCCAGAAUAGCACGUCGCUUGCCAGGGCGUACUGACAAUGAGAUCAAGAACUACUGGAGGACACACAUGAGGAAGAAAGCACAGGAGAGGAAGAGGAACAUGUCGCCGUCAUCGUCCUCAUCUUCACUGACUUACCAAUCCUGCUGCCCAGAUACACCAUCAAUCAUUGGGACGGAGGGACAGGAGCUUCAUUGUGGCAGUGGCUGCAUCACAAGCAUCCUGAAGGGCACCGCUCCCAACAUGGAUGGAUAUCCCAUGGAUCAGAUAUGGAUGGAAAUUGAGGCACCGGAGGCGCCCUCUGGGGUGGAUUUCGAUGGAGGGAAGGAUCACACAUGCAGCAGCCUCUCCGGACCACUGCUGCCAUCUGCUGCGUGGGAUUACUAUUGCCCCCCAGAGGCCUGCUGGAAGAUGGAUGAUGAGAUCAAAAUGGCACCACAAUUUGCUUAUAGUGAAGGAGUUGGCCCCUGUUUUUGAGGCCACAUAUAUUGGGUCAGAUUACUAAGUUAUAUAUCUACCCAGCAGAAGUGAAGUGCUUUUGUAGAAACAUGCUUUAGUAUGGCUCUACGCAUGUUUUCUAUGCAUCUAUCUAGUGUGCAAGACAAGCAUAUGUCACUUUGUCCUUGACUCUAGGGUAUGAAAGGGCAAGGGUACUCUGCAUUCACAACAUAAUCAGUUAUCUUCAGUGAGAAUUUUCUGUUGUUCAUGAAUAAAUGUAAUAUGGUUAGAUGAUUUUAACUUGAAUUAUUUUACAGGUUGA